AACAACUCCACAAAAAGUUUCUCAAUUAUUAAAAACAAACAUUCUGUGCUUAUAUUAAAUAUAAAAGUAUAACGGUUUUUUGUUUAACGACGUUUAACGAAGAUACUGUAUAUUAAGUAUAAUAUAUAAUGUAUAUUUUUAUUUAUUUAUUAGUCGUUAUUAGUCGUUUCCCGGGGUCAUAUAUCACCGCCGCGCCGCGCCAAAAUACAAACAUUAUCGAAGUUGAAACGGUUAACAAAAAGUCAUAAAAACAAUGCCUGUCAAGAGAAGCCUUCAGAGAGAAACCGAGGAAAAUACUCCAGUCAAGAGGCACACCAAAGACAGGAACUAUUCUCCUUGUACUGGAACAAUGCUCAUAACCCCAACAGCUAAAACCCAAGGUAAUUACAAAACCAGUGGGACCACUGUCAACGCCCUGGAAGCACAAGGGCCACAGACAGAAACGGACAGAGAGAGAAUGGAUUUUCUCAGGUCUAAACUGGAAGGAUCUUUCAAGGACUUAAUGAAGACCAGGCAAAAUCUCGAGUCCUUAUUGCCUGUAGAGGGCGACAGUGAGCUGAGGAGUUUCUUACUGAUGGGCCCUGCUGACUUGCGCAAUGAAUUGAAGAGACACAAAGAGCUGUCUUCUAAAGCAAACUGUGAGCUUAAUACAACAAGAAGGCAUGAGAAGUGGCUACAGGGUACAACACAGACUGGCAGUUCCUACGAGUUUCUCAAGAAUAUCUUAAGUGGCUCAGAAAGCUGACCUGAACAACAGCUGCUGGCCACACAAACCAUCCUAUUUCUGCUCAAGGUGGAUCAUAUAACUCUCACUUUAUCACCCCCAGAGGCAGCGUGAAGGACAAAAGCACAAGGUGGCCCAUUAACCGUACUUGUGUUUUCCCUUAUACAUGGUCACCUUUUGUUUGUUAGUAAAAAAAAAAAAAAAAAAAAAAAAAAGGCUUGGGGCGCGGAUUUUUAGCAGUGAUUUUACAUGACUUGUGUCUGGCCACAACACAGAGCUUCGGAGUCUCUUCAGCCUCAGCGAACAUUCACAGGAAAAAAGAAGACCGCUGGAUUUCCAUGCUUGUCAGUGCACUUACAUCAUUACAUUCACGCAUUGUUACAUUUUUUAUUUCUGAUUGGUAAGAAGUUGUUGAUUAUUUUACAGUAGUUUAUUAUUUUACAACAGUUCUGGCUGUAAGGCAAGACACAUGUUUAUAUUAAUGUACUCAUUUCACAGAGUUGUAUGGUGAAUUCUCCACAUAAUAUAAGAUUAAUAAACAAUUUGUUUUUAAGUGUUUGUCUUUCUUUGAUAAAUAACAGUCUUUUUUUGUAAGGAUAGUUAUUUUAAAUCUAUGGAAGGAACCUCCAGUACUCUACCACAGGCAUAUGGUUUUUUCUUUCCCAUUUAACAUAAAGUGCAUUUUUUCUCUCAUUCGUUUUUACAGAGAAAAACAAAAAAGUACAUUCGGCUGGUGAGGGGAAAAACAGAUGCAGAUUAUAAUCAGAAUGAACAGGAACAUGAUCCACAACAUUAAACUGAGCUAUAAAUGGAUAAAAGAGACAUUGUUUAAUUUAAUUAUUGGGAAUAAGUGGAAUUGGCACACUGUUACUGGAAAAUAGUCACUAAUAUGUCAAUUUGCUCACUUCACCCCAUCAUGAUUAUUAUCCUACAGCAGAAUGCCUCCAAGUGUUUUUUUUUUUUUUUUUUAAACUAGAACUCUUACAAUCAUUCAGGCUCCUUAAAGUUUUUGUUGCUUCUUUCCUGGUUCAUCACUGAAUUAGCCAUCCUGUUAUUUUCUCAUUUAGCUCUAUCUGUUUCUCUAUCUCUAUUUGAUUUCUCAAUGUAUUUCUGCUUGUAUUAAAUCAAAAGCAUUCAAUGAUCCUAGUCCUGUUUGUGUGUGUGUGUGUGUGAGCGAGAGAGAGAGACUAUGGGGCUUGUGCAAGCUGUAACACUAUAGCCCCUUUGUGACCUGAUAACAUUUACAGUUGUAAUGGAUUUUUUUAAUACUAGUCAUUAACUCCUUUGAAAGAAGGAGGUGGCACAAGAUUGUGUGCACCUUUGUUCCUCUGGUAUUUCAGCUUUAUGACAUUGUGUUCUGAUAUUUCCCUUCCCAUCAUUUUUGUUUUAUAGGGCAUGCAGGCAAUGCAUUUUAUUCAGUUUAUAUCUUUUCAUUUUUUUUACAUGCACAGUAUUUUUUUUUUGAGGUUCACUUCACAUGCUUGAUCUGGUUAUAAUUUUCUUCGUUUUAAGCAGGUUUCCUUUCCUUUUGCUGACUCAAAUUAAGAUCUCCAACAGAAAUUUUGUAUAAAAGCGUUUAUUGAUAUGUAGAAAAAUAUUUAGCACGUAUGAAGGUA